AUGUCCCCAUGGAUUUUGGACGUACAGACAACAAAGAGAACGUGUCCGCUCACGAAGAACGACAAGACAGAUCCAAUCGAAUGCACUGAAGACGAGGCCAGUGUGCAGCCCUCUGAGACUUCAGGUACCGAGAAGAAGCGAGGGUGGAAAAACCAUCGAUUCGAUAGCAGGAGGAAGAGCAAUGCCGUCAAAGAGUGCGAUAUACGCGCAUCCGGAUCCGACACAUUGAUCAUCGCAAAACACGAAUGGAUCAUCUUCGGAGAUAGACUUAGAGAACAAGAGAACCAAAUUCUUAGUCACGACGAACACAUCCGGAACAUCGAGAAAAGUCUGAUCGAAAGGGACGAUCGAUUCUGCAAACUGGAGACCGAAUAUUCGGAGCUCAAGCAAAUUGUCCUUGAAGUUGGAAGAAAACAAGCACUCGUAGUGGAGCAUGAUCAAAGGACUGAAGAAGCUAUACCUCUGAGUAGCACCAGUAUGCCAUUUCAAACUGGCGACGGAGAGUCGUCCGCAAAGGAGGCGUAA